AUGUCACCAACCAGCCAGGAGGAGAUAGAGGAAAUGAGAGAGGUUCCUUAUCAAAAUGCUGUUAGUAGCUUAAUGUAUGCAAGUAUUGGGAGUCACCCCAACAUCACACAUGCAGUGAGCCGGGCAAGCCAGUUUGCAAUUAACCCUGGGAGGCAACACUGGAUUGCAGUUAAAAGAAUCUUAAGGUACUUAAAAGGUACAAGUUCAUUAAAGUUGGUGUUUACAAAGUCAAAAGGUAUGACUUUCGAAGUUUUCUGUGAUGCUAAAUGGGUAUCAGAUGAGGAUAACUGUCAUUCCUACAUGGGAUACCUGUUCAUUUUGUCAGGCGCAGCCAUCAGCCGGGCGAGGAGAAAGCAACCGACUGUUGCCCUAUCCACCACUGAGGCGGAGUACAUGGCACUUACAGAAACUUCAAAAGAAGCUUUAUGA